AUGCAAGAAGAUUCUGUAUAUGAUCCACUAGUUUUCGGUCAUCGUGAUUACAUCUAUUGCAGUAAUUGUGAAGCUCGAAUUGCACGUGUCCAGUAUUACAUUCCUAAUGUGCAGGACUUAGAUUAUGGAGGCUACUUUAAGAGAGUGUUUAAUGUUGUUAUACUAGACCAACCGAAAUUUCAUCAACAAGAAGAUGGAAAUACCCUAACCACACUCAAUAUUUACUGUACCCAAUGUAAUAUGCUGCUCGGGUGGAGACUUAGGGAAGCCACCCUACCGUCCAAGUAUUUCAUAAGAGGAAGAUUCUUUAUGAGAUUGGAUAUGCUCAUGUACAAGAGUCGUGUAACGUUGCAUGAUUCUCUCUUUGGAGGUGCAAAUCGACAGGAUCAUGUUCAAGAUGUAGGCGCUAAUGUUGAUCAAGAUGCAGGUGCUAAUGCUGAUCAAGAUAGAGAUGCAAAGAAGAGAAUCAUGAUCAAGAUGAAACCGCUAAUGAACAAGGUCCUAAUGAAUAAUGAUCAAGAUGGAUCGCGGCCAAUGAAACGAAUGAAGAUGUAGAUCAACAGGCUGACAGAAAUGCUGACAUUGAUAGCCUACUCAAGCUGAUCAAAAUGCAGAAAGAUACACAUUGUACUUUACAAAAUGCUAAUUCAUAUUUGUGUGAUAUUCUUUUUUCCCUUUCUGAUUUUGGAAUUACAGUACAUAUUAUUAUUUCAGGUUGGAACAAAGCAAUUGACACCGAACUUUUUACAUGUUUGAGCUCUAUAUGCUGCUUUGUUUUUCUUUUAAUUUCUGGAAGCAA